GAACUUGUCGCGUCCACCCCGCAACAGACAGCCGACACCACCGCCUUCCAAGAUUUUUUUUACUCAAACACCUACCUGCUCGGCACAACCUAUAAAUCCCCCCCUCAUGCCCCUUUCGUUUCCCCCAUUUCUCUCAUUCGUCUCUCUCUCUCUCUCUCUCUCUCUCUCUCCAAAAACCCAAAAUCACUUCAGAAAUCUGGGUUUCCAUUUCCGUAUCCGUAACCAAACAAUGAGUCCUGAUAAAGAGUCCUUCCUUCCACCAUCAAAAUCCCUCUCCUCUUCCUCUUCCUCUUCUGCGUCCUCCUCGUCUCGCCCGCCCGGGUCUGAGCCAGAAAUUCAGACCCUGGUUGAGAACUCAGAUUAUACUUCGCCUCUAUUAUUAGAAUCUGGGUUCUCAACAAUCCAAUCCGAAACGACGUCGUCAUAUUUUCCAAUCCCUUCUCAGCCAUACCCUUUGCCUAUACACUUUGUUGGGCCAUCAUCUCCUUCUCCAUCACCUUUCAUCCCUCCUUUCAGGGACUUCGAGUCAUACCCGGACCCGGAUGAGCUUGAAUUUGAAGUCCCUAUCAUAAAUGUUCCAUCUUUACCAAAUGGAACCAAUACUGGGGAAAACUUGGGCGUUCCCCAGCCGCUUGAACGUCUGCAGGGCACUCCGAUACCGCCCUUCUUGUCCAAAACUUUCGACCUCGUCGAUGACCCGAGUUUAGACCCGGUAAUAUCGUGGGGGAACACGGGUGGGAGCUUCGUCGUGUGGGACCCGGUGGAGUUCUCGAGGAUCGUUCUUCCGAGGAAUUUCAAGCACAACAAUUUCUCGAGUUUUGUUCGCCAACUGAACACUUAUGGAUUUCGCAAGAUAGACACUGAUAAGUGGGAAUUCGCGCAUGAAAGUUUCUUGCGAGGGAAAAGACAUCUGCUGAAGAGCAUACAAAGGCGCAGGUCACCUCAAGGCCAGCCGAGUGGAACACAAGCCGUGUCUUCUGGAGAAGUAGGAAAAGCAGGAGUGGAAGGUGAGUUGGAGAGACUGAGGAGAGAGAGGAGUUUGAUGAUGCAGGAAGUUGUCGAAUUGCAGCAGCAGCAGCGCGGUACAGUACAACACGUGGAAGCAGUGAACGAGAAGCUCCAAGCAGCAGAGCAGAGGCAAAAGCAGAUGGUUUCGUUCUUGGCAAAGCUAUUUCAAAAUCCGGAGUUCUUAGCGCGUCUUCCCCGAAAGAAGGACCAAACAGCUCUUACUUCUCCAAGAACAAUGAGGAAGUUUUUAAAACACCAGCAAAAUGAACCUCUUAAACUGAAGUCAUCCAUGGAAGCCCAGUUUGAAAAUUAUAGACCUGACCUCACUUUAGUCCCCUCUUCUAAAGAGAUUCUCGAUUUUCUGUUUCAAGAUACGGUAGGAAAUCUUGAUUUGGGUGCAGAAAGCAUGCCAUCUCAAAGUGAGAGUAUUGAACCAGAGCCUACUACAGAGGGGCUUUCAGGCCUUGGACCUGAAGACCCUCUUUUCAAAGGAAAGAGUGUAGUGGUUCCACAAGAAGCGAUCCCUCCUGAAUAUUUCGUAUCAUUUCCAGAAGACUUGGGAAAGGAAAAGAAUUUGGCGGAGUUCUUUUCUCCAGGAAUCGAAGGUAUGGAAAAGCAAGAGGACAUAUGGAGCAUGGGUUUUGAAGGGGGUGUUGGUGUGUCUAGUUCUAGCGAUGAGUUAUGGGCUAAUAUUGGCAACUAUGACAUGCCAGAAUUGGGAGUAACAAGCAGUUUAUCUGAUAUUUGGGAUUUAGGUUUUCCGCAGGCAGGUGGAAACUCAGGGGUUGAGAAGCUUCCAGGUGAUGAAUCUCAGUUUGACGAGCCUGAUCAGCAAAAAGAUGAGAGUCUGAAACAAACGGAGCCUUAGGGCUCCAUCCUCUUUAGGCUGCUUCGGCCCUUGUGGAUCCUGGCCCUAGUUAUUACUUUCUAGGAUAAAGGGUUUUUGACUUUGAACGUUCCAUUUUUAAAUAUAUUGAUUGGAUUGGAUUGGAUUGGAUUGCCAUCUUCCAUUCGGUUUAGAUUCAUUUUUCUACAUUUUCUUCAUUGCCAAACUGGUUACAUUUACCUGUUCAAUGGUAUGGCUCUAAUGUUGUAUGUUUUGGUGAAUGUGGUGUUUUAUGAGCUAUUGCUCCAGCUGCAGCUUUUCUCACUAACAAAUAUGGAGUAAUUAAGUUAUGAACUCUGCAGGUUUGCGUGGUUUGGGAAUUGGGAUCCUACUGCAUGCUUCAACGUGGCUUUGGUUCACGCUCUUUAUAGGCAUUUCCUGGUACGAUGGUCCUAUUACAUAUCUUUUGUUUUUAUGUUUUUUUACUCGGCAUAUUGCAAUAUCAUUCAUUGGCUGGCGUACACACUCAUUGUUUUCCCUAUGCGUAGUUCUCUUCUUAAGAUUUCGUAUUAGUUGGUGGCAAGUGCAAACUGAACUUCUACCAUUUUGUGUCUGUAGGAUGCCUAGAGUCAGUAAUAGAACUACAGCUGCUCUUUUCAUUUACAGAUCUACAUCUGAUUUUCCUUCUGUUAUCAUGUUAGAAAUAUACUCCACUAGCGUGUUUUCAUCAACACAUCAACAAUGUGCUUUCGUUUUUCCGUCUGUUAUUCAGUGAUGUGUCUAAAACUUUCUUUAAUUUCUUCUACUUCUCUUUUGUGCUUGAAGAGUUUACAUCAUAGCAUAGCUGCUAGGACUUUUUACUUGAAGGAGCCGUCUUGUUCAAAUUUGGUGCCCUUUAGUUUGUAGAAGGCAGCUUUCAUUCAUUUUCGGGCUCAUCCUAACAGAGUGCUUCCUGUCAUGUCCGCAUGGAUUUUCCUGGACCCUAGCUAGCUCUCGAAAAGAUCAGUUUCUAACAAUAAAUCACAGCGAUGGAAAUACCCCAUUCGUCCAUUCUAAAUUAAGAUCAUUCCGUAUAGUUCUUUAGGGCUGAAUCUGUGAUUGAUUUGAAUAAUAAUGUUCAGGUUGAGGUCCUAUCGUUAAAAUUGUGGUGUUGUUUCCGUUUGAUUUACUAUUCGGGUAUUUUCUUGACGGCGCACAAGUUAAAUUGAACGUUUCUCUUUUGGGGUGGAUAUAAAAAAGGUCCAAUGCUCUGUAGUUGCAACGCCCCUAAUUAUAGAAUUAGUUAAACCAAAAAAAGAAGAAGAAAGAAAAUAGAGGUGGUAUUAUGCAUGGGUGUGUAUAGAUGGCAAAAUGUGGGCUUUUAUAAGGG